CUGAUUGAAAUUGAAUUUCUAUGACCAAGACCAAACCCAACAAUAAAAUCUGUAUUAAAUCCACCUCUUUCAUAAAACCCAACUUUCCCAUUUGACUAUACAACAAUUCAGUCCCUUCUCUCUCUCUUUCUUUCUCUCUCUAAUGGAAGACAAUAAUGAAGAAUGCAUCGCGGGGCUAUGUUUGGGACUGGGACUGGGAUUGGGAUCAGGACAUGUUCCAAAGAAGAAUAAGCAGAAAGAGAACCAGGCUGUGGUGUGCCUAGACCUAGCGUUUGAGCUUUGUCCAAAAGGAGAAAAAGCCGUUAAUAACGUGAAUCAUCAUCAUGAUAAGGUAGAGAGAAUCAGCUUGGAGAGAAUCCACGACUACCCCAAUGAAAAGAGCACUGAUUCUGAUAACAGCAACAACAACGGAUGCAGAAAGAAACUGAGGCUUUCCAAGGAUCAAUCAUCCAUGCUUGAGAACAGCUUCAAACAGCAUAGCACUCUUAAUCCGGUCCAGAAACAAGCACUUGCUGAUCAAUUGAAUUUAAAAACUAGACAAGUUGAAGUUUGGUUUCAGAACAGAAGAGCAAGGACCAAACUGAAGCAGACAGAAGUGAACCGCGAGUUGCUGAAAAAACACUGUCAAAAUCUAAGCGAUGAGAACAAAAGAUUGAAGAAGGAAUUGCAGGAACUACGUGCAGUUAAGGUUGGACCGUCGCCACCAUGCAUUCAACUAUCCAAAACGGCGACCCUGACUAUGUGUUCUUUGUGCGAGAAACUAGUAAAUUAAAGCUCGAUGAGGAAACAACAACAUAGUUUUAGAGAUUCUACUAUAUGAUUAGAUGAAAGAUAUAUAUAUAUAUAUAUAUAUAUAUAUCAAGCACCGGUUACCAUACGUAUCAAAAGCUUUCUAAUUAUAAUUAGAAGGAAAAACAGUACAUAUUAUUAUAUUGCUCCGGUCCCCACAUCACAAACAUAUACAAAACUGGGGCGGCUUAGAUACAUAGUCAGUAAUUAAUUAGAUGUCACUUAUUGAUUCAAUUUAUACUAAUUAAUCAAAGUUAACUUGCCAAUAUUGUUUAUACUUUA